AUUGAAAUAUUUAAUAAAUAAAUCGGAUUGAUUAUUAUUAUUAUUAUUAUUAUUGAAUGGAUCACAUAUUUCAUUAUUAGGAAUACAUACAUAUACAAUGACUUCCACGCCCGACCAAUUGUCUACCGAUCCUCCUCUACUUCAUUCCCCAUCUUCACAAACUAGAACAACAACAACUACAACAUUGAAGACAUUGAAUGGAUCUAUAUUACGACAGCGACAAUGUAAUACCACUCAGCAUAAACCACCUUGUUCAUCUUUAUCCAACAACAAACACCAUCAGCCUUCUUCUACUACUUUUGACCGUGAUUAUACCAACAGUGGAUUUUACGAUUGUAAUAUAUGUUUUGACACGGCUAUAUACCCUGUAUUGACAGUUUGUGGUCAUCUGUUCUGUUGGGUAUGCUUAUCAAGGUGGCUGGAAAUGCAAACAAUGAAUCCAACAUGUCCCAUGUGUAAAGCUGGUUGUCCUCAAAACAAAAUCAUCCCGGUAUAUGGCCGAGGUCGAGAAGAAGUAGAUCCAAGGUGCGAUGCAUCUAUACCAACAAGACCUUCAGGACAAAGGCCAGAACCUUUACACAAUCCCAAUAUUGCUGGUAGCUCUUUCUUCUAUCCAUUUAGAACCAAUCAUCGACCUAUAGAAGGUCAUUCCAUAUUUCUAUCUAACUCAAGAUUAUCAACAAGUCAUGCUAAUCAAUCGAAUGGAUUCUUAUCUCGACUCAUGCUUAUGAUAUUAAGUCUUUUUAUAGUAGUGAUAGUAUUUUACUAGAUUAUCUUUUUUGAACAAUGUUUGAAGAUAUUGUUAUGUACAUGAAACCAUUUUUAUUUAUUUAUAUUUUUUUUACAAUAAAUGUUAUCAUUGUUUUGAUAUUA